AUGGCAGAUUUAGAUGGGUUCUGGCUCUUUGAUGGCUUAGAGGAAGAGCCCUAUGGCAUUCUACCUCUUGUGAAUCUUUCGGGAAAAGGUGGACCAACUUCUACCAAAUACGUUGAUAGAAUAGGAUCCUAUCAAUGGUAUCUUCAAGAUGAUACUCCCACUAUCCUUGUUCCUGGUAUGCCAAUCGAAUCGUUCUAUUGGCCUGGUGGAAAGCUUUCUCAAGAUCAUGGUGUAGUUAUUUACGAUGUUAAUCAUUUGAAAGUUCCUGAUGGAUCUCUUGAUGCUGCAAUUAUCGCAGCCAGGCUUUUGGCGGACAAAAAGAAGAAGCCGAUUGAUUUCAAUCAGUUCCAAUUCAUCACUGAUGCUGUGAACCUCCAGAAAAUCUUUGCGUUUGCGCAGGAAGCUGGAGAUGGUCUUUUCCGCAUAGAUUGUGAGAGAGUUGGCAAAACUGUAAUCAUGACAAGAACGGAGGCUUCUGAUUUGAUGGAAAUCGCUCAUGUAACCUUUGACCAAGGUUUGAAACAGAAAAUGACAAGACCACGAGGUGCUCAUUCAAACGGACCAUUCUUCCAACUCGUAGCUUAUCAGUUUGGAAGUUUCCGAAUUCUAGUCAGAUAUGAGGUCGAUUGUGCAGAUUAUAUGGCUGUUAAAGCUCCAAUCGUUACUGUUGACAAAUCCGAAGCCCUACCUCCAAGGCAGAAAGCUGCCGAAAAUGACAAAAUCGACGUUAUUGAAUAUGGAGAAAUCCCACGAGAUGUACCCCUCCAACUGUUGACCACAUAUCCCCAAGGUGCCGGGUUCCCAUUCUUCACAUGGGCUCAUCUAUUCUUCACCAAUGCUUCCCAAGAAAUUAUCGGAUGGUUCAAAGGAAAUGGAGACUUCGGUAAGCCAGCUAUAUAUGCACAACAAGAUAUCUCCAAGAUGUUAAAGCCUAUGCCAUAUGUAACUCUCAGCAAAGUUCAUGAUUGCUUAGACAAAAUCCAUAAAUUCCUCACUAAAAACGACGAUCAAUUCCGAUGUGGUCUCAUAUGGAAAGGCAAGAAUCAUUUGGAAAUUUUCGCAAAGCAUCCCGAAGCUAGUGGAGGACUUUCCGAAGGUGUUAGAUCGUUCUUGAAGACACAAUGCAAAGAACCCGUUGAAGAGGAAGAUACGAAGUAA